GUCUUCCCAUGGGGAGGACAAAAUGGUCGGUGUGUGGUUUGGUUUAGACCUGGUCACCAAUGGGACCGCCCCGGGGCGCCUGCAAAGUUAUGAAUUAGAGUUAGGUGAGUUUCACGUCCGCGGCACAGCAACAACAACAUUGCCAAACAUGGGACAGCUGGCAAGGGAAAGCUGUGUGUCAAAACUUUCUCACAUCUAACCAGGCUUUACAGAUCUGCGGAGGGGAGGGGAAUCGACCCCGCGACAUUUGCCUGCCUUCUUAUCAGCUGUUCGAAUCGCGCCACCGCCGCCUCGCGUGGAAGGGUUAUUUUCUUCUUCCUCUCUCUCUUCCUCACGCAAAUGUUGAUAUCCGCCUCUUUGUCAGUCCAUGAUAGAUGCUCGUGUUUUUCCGAGGAGUAGCUCAAAUGAUGGCCACACUGCUCAUUCCCCACGGUGUGUUUUAUUUGUGGUUUGUGAUAUCCUUCAUGUGUGUAAAGGAAUUUGAGCUGGGGACUGUGGUUGGCAUACCUAUUAGCUCUCCUCCUGUUAGUGUCUAUGCAACUGCACCUUCAGAUAUACCAAGUGACCUCUUUGGUCCCAUACAAAUUUCACCUACUGUUGUCCCCCGUGAAAUGCCGCCAGCGAUGCCGAUGCCACCUAUGUAUCCAUACUUUCCUACUGCACCCAACCCUGUGCUAACAGGAAAAUGUCCAGUGAAUAUUUCUGCAUUCACACAAACUGUGGAUCUGACAGCAGCUGACUGUUCUGCACCUCUUGCUACAUACCUGGGGAAUGUCAUUUGCUGUCCACAGGUUCAUAGUAUGCUCAGAAUAUUUCAGGGAAAGCAAAGUUUGGCUAGUGGUUCGUUGGUGCUAAACAUAACAAUUGCAAAGUAUUGUUUAAAAGAUAUUGUCAGUGUCUUAACCAGCAGUGGAGCAAACAAUACAAUUUCAACCCUUUGCUCUGUUAAGCCUUCUAAUCUCACUGGAGGUUCUUGUCCAGUAAAAGAUGUGAUAAAUUUUGAGCAAAUAGUGAAUACAAGUAAAUUGUUAGAUGCAUGCAGAUCUGUUGAUCCUUUGAAAGAGUGUUGCAGGCCAGUUUGUGAGCCUGCUAUUGUUGAGGCUGCAGUCCAUUUAGCCUCAAGAGACUGGAGUUCAUUGGCAAAAAAUGCUGCAUUAGCAUCCCCAGCAGAGCAAGUUACUUUAAAUGACUGCAAAGGCGUGGUUUUUUCUUGGCUUUCAAGGCGCCUUGACCCGGAUACAGCAAAUAAUGCAUUUCGAAUUUUGUUCAGUUGCAAGGUUAACAAAGUCUGUCCUUUGUCUUUUGAAGAUACAUCAGCAGUAGUUGAAGCUUGCAGUGGUCCAUUUCCUUCUAAUUCUUCGUGCUGUAGUACUGUGAAUAACUACAUUUUGACAAUGCAAAAGCAAAUGCUAAUUACAAACAAGCAAGCCCUGAACUGUGCUACAGUAUUUGGAUCCAUGCUACAGAAAAAGGGGGUUGUUACAGAUAUUUAUGAAUUGUGUGAUGUUGACUUAAAAGAUUUCAGCCUUCAAGCAACUGGGCAGGAAGGUUGCCUACUCCGAAGUUUACCAACAGAUGUUGUAGUUGACAGUUCUUCUGGGGUUAGUUUUACAUGUGACUUGAGUGAUAACAUUGCUGCUCCCUGGCCUUCAUCUUCUACUUUGUCAUCUUUGUCUACUUGUGCUGCAGCAGCUUCAUUGCCGGCAUUGCCAACUUCUGAAACCUCAGGUUAUAUGGGUGAUUGCGGCAUUGCUGUUGAAUCCUACCUUAUGAGUUCGCUCUGCAUCCUUUUCAUCAUAUUCUUGUAGAAAGGUGUCGCUGGAAAUGUAAUAUUAAUCAUUUUUACAUCUAUAUGGAUACACAAGCUAGGUAGAAACUGGUAGUUGUCCCUUCACGGGCUUACUUGUAAAUGGAAUUGAGUAUAGGUUAGGUAUUAGUUUAUUGUCUUACAGGCAUCUGUUCUGCCUUAGUUAAGAGGUUUUGACCCAUUAUCCUCUAAGUGUAUUUUACUGUGUACACAUUGUCUUAGCACUGUUAUUGGUGCUGCAGCCAAAGUUAUAUUUCUUGUACAGUGAGCUCCUUUUGAAAUACCAUCUUGUUUGGAAGUUUA